UGUUGACAUCAUCGGUUUAUCAACACAGUCGCAGUUUUAAUUUCAACAAGAAACAAACUAAAUCUUACAAAGUUUACUAGUCGGAAACAAAUCAAAAUGAGAGAAAUUGUACACAUGCAAGCUGGCCAAUGUGGCAACCAAAUCGGUGCUAAGUUCUGGGAAGUUAUUUCUGAUGAACAUGGUGUUGACCCAACAGGAACCUAUCAUGGUGAUUCAGAUUUACAAUUAGAGAGAAUUAAUGUUUAUUACAAUGAAGCCACUGGUGGCAAAUAUGUCCCCAGAGCAGUUUUGGUUGAUUUGGAGCCAGGAACAAUGGACUCUGUUCGUUCUGGUCCAUUUGGGCAGAUUUUCCGACCAGAUAACUUUGUUUUUGGUCAGUCUGGGGCUGGUAAUAAUUGGGCUAAAGGACAUUACACAGAAGGUGCUGAAUUGGUUGAUUCUGUAUUAGAUGUUGUCAGAAAGGAAGCUGAAAGUUGUGAUUGUUUACAAGGAUUUCAGUUGACUCAUUCUCUUGGUGGUGGAACUGGUUCUGGUAUGGGAACUUUACUUAUCAGCAAAAUCCGAGAAGAAUAUCCAGACAGAAUAAUGAACACAUUUUCAGUUGUUCCUUCACCAAAGGUAUCAGACACAGUAGUUGAACCGUACAACGCAACCCUUUCCGUUCAUCAAUUGGUAGAAAACACAGAUGAAACUUAUUGCAUUGAUAAUGAAGCCUUAUAUGAUAUCUGUUUCCGUACAUUGAAACUCACCACACCAACUUAUGGUGAUUUAAAUCAUCUGGUAUCAGCCACAAUGUCAGGUGUUACAACAUGUCUUCGAUUCCCUGGUCAACUUAAUGCUGAUUUACGUAAAUUGGCUGUCAACAUGGUUCCCUUCCCACGUCUUCAUUUCUUCAUGCCUGGUUUUGCUCCCCUUACAUCUCGUGGCUCCCAGCAAUAUAGAGCUCUCACAGUGCCAGAACUUACUCAACAGAUGUUUGAUGCCAAAAACAUGAUGGCUGCCUGUGAUCCUCGUCAUGGCAGAUAUCUUACUGUUGCUGCUAUGUUCAGAGGUCGAAUGUCAAUGAAGGAAGUUGAUGAACAGAUGUUGAAUGUUCAGAAUAAGAACAGCAGUUACUUUGUUGAAUGGAUUCCUAACAACGUAAAAACAGCUGUCUGUGACAUUCCACCAAGAGGUCUUAAAAUGUCUGCUACCUUUAUUGGUAAUAGCACGGCCAUCCAAGAACUAUUCAAAAGAGUCUCUGAACAAUUCACUGCUAUGUUCAGACGAAAGGCUUUCCUCCAUUGGUAUACUGGUGAAGGUAUGGAUGAGAUGGAGUUUACUGAAGCUGAAUCUAAUAUGAAUGAUCUGGUAUCUGAAUAUCAACAGUACCAGGAUGCUACAGCUGAAGAAGAGGGCGAAUUUGAUGAAGAAGAAGAACAAGAAGAAGCAUAAAUUAUGGACAUUUGAAACCGAUUGUCAAAGAAAUAAAGAUAUGAAAGUCUAA